GCCCGGGCAAAAGGCUGGGACUUUACUCUGGCGGCCGAGAACGAGCCGGUGCUCCAUCAGCUGCCGCAACCGCCGCGCCCGGGCUGGAGCCACGAUGAGCGGCAGAGUUGGCGAUCUGAGCCCCAAGCAGAAGGAGGCACUGGCCAAGUUUCGGGAGAAUGUCCAGGAUGUGCUGCCCACUCUGCCAAAUCCAGAUGACUAUUUUCUCCUGCGCUGGCUCCGAGCUAGAAACUUUGACCUGCAGAAGUCCGAGGCCAUGCUCCGGAAGCAUGUGGAGUUCCGAAAGCAAAAGGAUAUUGACAACAUCAUGAGUUGGCAGCCUCCAGAGGUGGUCCAAAAGUAUCUCUCAGGGGGCAUGUGUGGCUACGACCUGGAUGGCUGCCCCAUCUGGUACGAUGUCAUUGGACCUCUGGAUACCAAGGGGCUGCUCCUCUCAGCCACCAAACAGGACUUGCUCAGGACCAAGAUGCAGGACUGUGAACGACUUCUUCAGGAGUGUGUCCGCCAGACCGAAAAGAUGGGGAAGAAGGUGGAGACGAUCACCCUGAUUUAUGACUGCGAGGGGCUUGGCCUCAAGCAUCUCUGGAAGCCUGCGGUGGAGGCCUAUGGAGAGUUUCUCUGCAUGUUUGAGGAAAACUAUCCUGAAACACUGAAGCGUCUUUUUGUUGUUAAAGCCCCCAAACUGUUUCCUGUGGCCUAUAACCUCAUCAAGCCCUUCCUGAGUGAGGACACUCGCAAGAAGAUCAUGGUCCUGGGGGCAAACUGGAAGGAGAUUUUACUGAAACAUAUUAGCCCUGACCAGCUGCCUGUGGAGUAUGGGGGUACCAUGACUGAUCCUGAUGGAGACCCCAAGUGCAAAUCCAAGAUCAACUACGGAGGUGACAUUCCCAAGAAGUAUUAUGUGCGAGAUCAGGUGAAACAGCAGUAUGAGCACAGUGUGCAGAUUUCUCGUGGCUCCUCCCACCAAGUGGAGUAUGAGAUCCUCUUCCCUGGCUGUGUCCUCAGGUGGCAGUUCAUGUCAGAUGGUUCAGAUAUCGGUUUUGGGAUUUUCCUGAAGACCAAGAUGGGGGAGCGGCAGCGGGCAGGGGAGAUGACAGAGGUGCUUUCCAACCAGAGGUACAAUGCCCACCUGGUCCCUGAGGAUGGGACCCUCACCUGCAGUGAUCCUGGUAUCUAUGUGCUGCGGUUUGACAACACCUACAGCUUCAUUCAUGCCAAGAAGGUCAGUUUCACUGUGGAGGUCCUGCUUCCAGACAAAGCCUCAGAAGAGAAGAUGAAACAGCUGGGGGUCACCCCAAACACUAUCGGUGUUUCCGAGGCUGGAGAUCCCUUUGGCCCCAAGCCCAGCUUCCUGCGAGGUCACGCCAACCGGCUGCCCUACAAGACCGUACAAUGACAAAGACGGCCAGGGGUGAAAAUGGGGCCCUUAAUAUUAGAUCCGUGGUCUUUAUUUUCCCUAUCUUUAUUUGAUGACAAUAAAAGCUAAUUCUUUAAUAAGAGCUUACUGGGUACCGUGCAGCAACACUGUGCUUAGAGCCCUGGGUUGUUGCAGAAAUUCAAGGAAAUAGUACGUACACAGCGCUUAGAAGAGAGCCUUAACAAAUGAGAGCUUAGUAAAUAUUGGCUACUCGUAAAUUUUACUGAUGCGGCCAAUAGAUGGCACAACUGGGAUUUGAACCCAGGACUACCUAUCUUUAAUGGCUGCAUCUUCACUGGCUGAUACCUCCAAAAUCCAAAAGAUUCAGAGCUUUAGUGAAGUGCACUCAUUGCCGACAUGAGUAAACUGAGGUCCACCUAGGGAAGAGUUUCUUAGUAAUCACUACUACCCAAAACCACACAUUCUGUUCUGCUCAUUUCCCUGAAGUCUUGUUUCCCUUGCCUCAUUCAUUCAUUCAUUCAUUCAUUCAAGGUCCUGCCCCCAAGAGGCUUGCUCUGAGGGUUACACCGAUCCAGUUAGACCCCAGAGCUUGAUAAAUAAACAUGGCACCUCCCAGGAAGGCAUCAGCCUAGCCAGGAUGCUCACCAUUCACUCCCCUAUCCUCAUUAACUCAACUCUCCUUAAGAGUGUGGGAUCUGGAGCCACAUGGCCUGCAUUCAAAUGCCAGCUUUACCACUUAACUGUAUGACCUGGAAAAGUGACCAUCGUUUCUGUGCCUCUAUUUUUCUUAGCUGUAAAAUGGGGGUCCCAGGUUGGUGGGAGGCUUUAAGAAAGUAAUCUGUCUAGAGUCUUUAGUCAAUGGUCUGAUCAAUAGUAAACAUAACAGAUGAUUACUUACAAUUAAUCUUUGCAACUCUCCCAGGAGUGAACAUUGUAUUCGCAUUUAAUAAAUUAAUAAAAUGAAGCUCAGAUAAGUACA